AUGAAGUUCACUCUCUUUACUCUCUCAACCCUUGCCUUAACCUCCAUGGUCUCUGCUGCUCCUGCCAAUACCUGUGUUGAGUCUCAUGUUGCCUCCAAGGGUCAGACAUGCUCUACCUUUUCUUCCAAGUACCACAUUACGGUCAAGCAACUCCAGACAUUGAACUCGGGACUUGGCAACAACGGAAAGAACUGCACGAAGCUUGUUCCUGGAAAGACUUACUGCACCAAGGCAACUGUUCCUAAGAAAUCUGGCAGUAACCAGGAGUCUGGCGAUAAUCAAAAAUCCCAGGGUUCCAGCAAAGACGGCAACAACAACUCCCGCAGUUCUAGUAGCAAUGAUCAGACUGUUGCAAAGUCUGGUGAGACUACUCAGUCUUCCACUGCUACCACCAACGAUGCCUCUCACCUUGCUGCCCGUGCUAUUAUCGAGUGCAAGAAGUUCCAUGUUGUUAAGACUGGCGACACAUGCAAGUCUAUUGCUAAGGACAACCACAUUCCUGAGGUUCAGCUCACCCAAUUGAGCAAGGAAAAGAGUCAGUUUACUCCCAAGGACCAUGACACUACCCCCAAAAACAUCACAACUGUCACCCCUCCUCCCUGCAACAAACUCGUUGUCGGCAAGCGUUACUGCAUCGCUUAUUAA